AUGAAGAGGUCUUUAAAAUAUAUUAAAUUGAAAAUAAAAAACGAAGGGAAAAAAGGGCACUUUGUCUCCUUUUAUGAUCGAAUAAAAGAAAUUAACGAAAAAGAAAAAUUACAGACAUAUAAUUUAUUAGAAGAUAGUAACUAUUAUAAUUCUUCGAAAUCAUAUAAACCAAAUACCGAAGAUAAUGUAGAUGAAGAAUUAAAAAACACAAAUUUCCAUUCUGCCCUACAAGAAUAUUACAAAAACUGUUGUAACCCUGAAUUCCGGAGAUGCUGUAGAGAAUUAUUUCCACUCUCAAAAAAUUUAAUACUUAUAUUAUUAAACAAAGACAGUAUCUUCAGUAUAAUUUUAAAAUAUAUUGAAAAUAACAAAAUUAGGAAUGAUGAAACUUAUUUUUAUAAAUUAUUAGUUAUAUUAAUAAAGGAUUUAAAAAAUGAAAGUAAAAAAUAUUUAGAAGAUAUAUUAAAGACAUUAUUUAGGAAAAUUAAUUUUAAUAAUUUAGAUUUAUUAGAAGAAAUAUUUAGUAGUUAUGCAAAUAUAUUUCGUAUUAUGAAUAAAAAUAUUAUUAAAAAUAUUGAUAAGUAUAUAAAAAUAUCAUUACCACUAUUUCAACAUCGUAAUAGUAUAAUAAAACUUUUUAUUGCAGAUAGUUUUUCUUAUUUGUUAAGAAAGUUAUCAUUGCACGAUCUUAUAUUAUGUUUUUCAAAAUUAUAUUCCUUUUUUAAUAAUGUGACGAAAAAUAAAUUAAAACACUAUUCAGAAACCAUUAGUUUAUUAAUGUUAGAAUCAUUAAAAGUUGAUAAUGAUAAGCUGUCAAAAAAAACCUUACCUUUUUUAAAAUAUAUUAUUCAUUCUAUAUAUUUAAGGAAUCAAUAUGAUUGUAUUGAAACAGGGCAUGUUUAUAAUCCUCUAGAUAAUAUAAAUGGGGUAAUUCAACAUAUACACAAAGCUAUUCAUUUAUUUUUUAUUGAUAUAUAUAACUUCACAAAGAAAGGAUCAUUUGAGUUUUGGGAUAUUUUCCUUACUUAUAUUUUACAAAAUUAUUCUAUUCUUUAUGAAAGAUAUUUUAAUUAUAUUUUAACAUCAAGUAACAAAGAUACUAUCAUAGAUACGUUGACAAAUGCGGAUAAAUAUUCACAUUUUAUGAAAUGCUUGGAAAAAAAUGAAAAGGGUAAUGAAGAUAUUUCACCAAAGUGUGAAGAAAAUUUAUCUAAAGAUGAAAAUUCAAAUAUUAAAAGAGAUGUAAUUUUUAUAAAAGAUGUUUUUUACGAAGCAACAAAUUUCUUUUUAAAAAAUAUAUUAAAUAUAUGGAUGCAAAAAAAUCAUGAGAAAAAAAGUAUAAUCAUUGAAACAAUUAGACUUGAACUAAAAAAAUAUGCAGAUAAAUUAAACAAUAUAGAGUUAAAUUAUUUAACAUUUAUAUAUAUAUGGAAUUUAUAUGAUAACAUAUUUUUUAUAUUCAAUUAUGAUUCUAUAAAUAAUGAAAAAAUAAGUAAUAUCUAUAUUUCUUUUGCCCGCAUUUAUAUGGGCAUAUUAGAAGGAGAUAACGAAGACCCUAACAAAAAUAAUUAUACUAAUUGCUUACUACAAUUUUUUAUUAUAAAAGUAGUUAAUAUUUUAAAAAAAAAUGUGUUAAAUCAUAAUGAAGUUCAUUUAAAGAGCUUUUUAAAAUAUAUACUUAUAAGGAUUAUCCAAAAUUUAAUGCAUAAUAAUAUAUAUGGCUGCUUAACAAAUCAAUCUCUCAUAACAAAUAGCACACCUUUUAUGUUAAGUUUUAAAAGCAAUGUAGAAAAUGAAACAAAAUUUAUCCUGGAUAAUAUUGUUUCAUCUGAAAAUAAUAAUAUAAUACUAGGAAAAUUUUUUUUAUUAUGUGAUAUUAUAAAAAUGUUCAAUGAUAAAACUGUAGAAAUCAAUACGGACUGCAUUGAUGAUUUAGAUUUUCUUUGUGGCGAUAAUAAUAAAAACAUCAACAAAAAUAAUAAUGAAAGAAAGAGGAAACAUAAUAUGCUUGACAAUGAUUUGAAUUCUGCAUUAAAUGGAGAAGGUAUAUAUAAUAGUAACAAAUCUAAAAUGGUUUGCUUAAAUCAAAAAACAGACAAUCAGGAAGUAAAAUUAGAUUUUAAGGAUAAAUCUCCAACAGAAACAUAUAUACAAAUUGAAGACUUUGUUAUAUACAUUUUUGAUGAAAUAAAGAAACUUUUAAUAAUUUUGAAACAUAUUAAUAAGUAUGGUAGUGACGAAAAUACUAAUUUACAAACUAUACUUUCAGAAGAUAAUCAAAAUACAGCAAAAGAAAAUGUUGAUGCAUAUUUAAAAUCAACUAUAUAUUUUCUUUUUGCUUUUAUCAAUUUCUUGUCACAAAUAAGUGUUACAUAUAGCAAUGCUCUAUUAAUAUUAAAUGGCAAAGCCAAUAAAAAUGAUAAGGAUGCAUGUAUAAAUGAAGAAACUGAUUGUAUAGUAAUUUUACUCGAAAUUUGCAAUGUUUUAGAAAAUAUAAAAUGUGGAAAAUUUAUGCAAAAUAAUAUAUUAGAAAACAAUACGUCUGAUAUUAGAUCAAAUAUUAAUAGUAUAAUAAUCGAUAUACAUCUUAUUAUAACAGCAUUAAAAAUAAGUUCACAGGAAAUUAAUAUUAAUGUGAAUGAUAUAAAUCUUUCAAAUAAUAACAUACCAUUUUUGGCAAAUUAUAUAAAUAAAUGGGGUAUGGAAGAUAUAUACUAUUGUGAUAAAUAUUUGCAUAAGUUUCAAAAUAUAUUUAUAAAUUUAUAUAAGUUAAAUUAUUUUGAAAGCAAAUUAGACGACAUAUUUUUAUAUUUAAAAUUUUUUGAAAAAGUGCUCAUAUAUUACGAAACAAUAAAUAAACAAAAAUUAUUACGAGUUAUAAAAACAUUAGUAGCUAUAUAUAUUAAUCUGAAGAAAAAUAAAGACAUUAACGAAAUGGUUGAAAAUGAAGACUACAUAUUAAAAAAAACAAACGAACAAUGUUAUGGAAAAAUAUUACUUUUAUUUGAUAAUUUGAUAUAUUUAGAAAGUAAAGAAUAUUUAUCUACACAUAUUCAAAUUUACGAAUCUAAAAUUGUUGACGUUGUAAGUUUUUUAAAUUUUUUAAAAAACGUGGAUAUUUUUAAAAAUUAUAUUUUUAAAAUGUGUGCAAAAAUAUGUAUUAUAGAGUUAACUAUGUUAUUAAAUGCUAAGCUGUCAAUUAUCCCAAAGUAUGUAAUUUCUAAUUUGAAGAGUUUUUUUGAAACACAUAGUGCAUAUCAGAAAAUUCAGGAUGCUAUACAAAAAAAUUACCAAUCAAAAUAUUAUUUUUAUAUAAUAAAAAAUAUAUAUAAAACUACUAGAAAAAAAUUGAAUAUCUUUGAAGAAUUAAUAGAAAAAAACUACAUAUGCUACGAAGAAUUUAUUAACAAUUCCAGACAAACCAAUGAUUACAUUAUCAAUUAUAAUGAUGAACAUGAUAUAAAAGAAGAACAAGAAGAUGUUAAUGAAGAAUUAUAUGCCGAUAAGGAUAAUUAUAUGCCAAUAAUAAACACAAACGAAUAUGAAAACCACUUAGAACAAUAUAUUUGUGAAAACAAAAAUAAUGAUACAUUUAAAAUUUUAUAUUUUGAAAAUUUUAAUAUACAAAAUUUUGUUCGAAAUAUCUUAUGUUCAUUUGAUUUGCUAAUAGUCCCUGUUCAAAAUAAUAAUAAUUUAAAUAAAUCGGAUAAAAUUGAAUUGCUAAAUAUGUAUAUAUGGAUAAUUACAUAUGUAAAUAUUAAGUGCAAUUAUUAUAUACAUGAAUAUAAGUGUUAUAAGCUUAUAGACAUAAUAUUUGACAUAGCUAGUCAUAUGAAUAAUAUAUUCCCUAAUUCUGUAGAGAAUAUUUUUGAUAUUACAAAAGAAAAUAUUUAUAAUGAGCUGAACAAUAUUCACACUAAAUCUAUCCCCGAUUUAAUUGGAUUGAUUAAAUAUUUUAUAAAAAUAUUUGUAAGUAAUUUCACAUAUAAUGUUAAUAUUUUAAAUGUAGAAAACAUGUCUAAAUUUGUUAAAAUAUUAUGCUCUUACAACAAUGAGUUAAAUAAUUAUAAAAAUGAUGUUGAAGAAAUAUUAUUAGACAAAAAUGUAAACUUUACAAAGCUAGUAUUAAAUAUUAAAGAAGAAGACAAUAGUAAUAUUAUUCGAAUAUUAAUAAAAAUUAUUUUUUGGUUAUUAAAAAAUAAAAAAGGAAAAAGGGGGUUUAAGAGAAAAAAAAAUAUUAUCUUUUAUCUCUCAAGCAUCCCAGACGAACAAAAUUGGUGUCACAUAUUUUUACCUAUUAUAUACUCUUUUACAAAUGUUUAUAAAAAUUGUAUUGAAUAUGAUAAUUUAGUUAGACAUGAAGAAAAGGAAAAUACCUUACUUGAAUUUUUAACUACUUACAAAGGAAAUUUCCUUCAAUGUUGGAAUUAUGAUUUUGAUAUUAAAAUGAAGGAUAAUAAUAUCCAAAGUGAUGAUAAUGAAAAUGCUGACUUUUCUUAUGACAGUAUAUUUAAUUAUUCCUAUUGGAAUUUUAAUAAUCAUAUAAUUGAAAUAAAAAAAGAAAUAUUUAAAAAUCCAAAUUUUCGUCGAAACUUUCAGUUAUUUGUAGAUAUGCUCAAAAUUAUAAAAUAUAAAUUAAGCCCUUAUUUUGAAUUUUUUCUUCACAUAUUUAUUACUAUAUCACAUUACAUUAAUGCUUAUUUAUAUAUAAAAAAAAAAAUUAAAACAGCCAAAAAUAUACGCUUAUGUAUUAAACAAAUUGAUAAUUCCAAAUAUAUGAAUUCCUUAUUGUUUAUUGACAAAAAUGUAUUUGAAAAUGGCUCUAAAAUAGAUGCGCCUAUAUUAUCUGACCAUAUAAACACCAAUGAAAGUGACAAUGCUUCAGGGAAUAAUAAUAAUGAAUGUGAAUUAAGGAUGGAAAAUGUUAUCGAUCAAAUCGAUAAAAUAGAUAAAUUGGGAACGAAAUGCCCAAAUUUCAAGGAAACCCUUGUAGAUUUAAACAUGCCAAAUUCCUUUUUAAAAAAUAUUAAUAAAAAAUGUAUAGAAAGUAGCCAAUUUAUUAUGGAAAAUGUUGACGUAUCAGAAUGCAACUUGGUUAAAGCUAAGGAUUUAUUUGUUUUUUUAUUUAAAAAAAAUUUAAAAAACUUAAAGGCAAAAAAUAUUUUCCUUAAUAUUCUAUUUAAUACAUGGUGUAAAAAUGAAGCAUAUUAUAAUUUCUAUAAUACUGUCGUACCUAAUUCAAUAUAUCUAUUAAUUAAAGCUAUAAACUCUAAUGAAAUUAUUAAAAAAUUAACAUUUUCAGAAUGGGAACAAAUAACAGAAAAAGUAUUUAAUAUUAUUUUACGUUUAUGUGGUUAUGAUACUGAUGAACAAGAAUAUGAAGAAAAGGUAAAAGGUGAAAAGAGAUACACAAAAAAAAAUCAAGAUAAGCAUAAAAUUAUAUUAAACCCAUUAGUGGAUGGUAAAUCCAAUCAUAAUCGUAUGCUUCCUUCAUUGGGAUUGAAAAUAUUAAAACCUUACAUUCCAGAUAUUAUAUUAUGCAUUAAAAAAACUAUCUUAAAAAGAUAUCAAAAUUUUUUACAAAAAAAAAAUAAUGAAACGUCAUUUAUUAAAAAAAGGCAAAUGAAAGAGUUUAAGAUUAUUAGUAAUAAAGAAUUAUAUAUACUAAUUGAGUUGUCAUCUAUUAACAAAAAUCAAAUAUAUAAUAUUCAUGUUAUUAAUACAAUUUCAACUUUUAUGCUAGCGAAUCCAAAAACUCUACAUAGUACUAAAGAUCAAGAUGUUAAUAAAAUUAAGUUAACAUUAAUUGCACUCAAAAUAUUAAUUAUUAAUCUUUCAAAAAACACGAAUAAUUUAACAAAGAGGAAGAAAAAUAAUUUUAAUUUUUCCUAUCAAAGGUAUAGCAGUAAAAAUGCAAUUGAAGAAUAUGUAAAUAAGUUAAGAGAAGCAGACAAACAAAAUAAUGAUAAAAAAUAUAGCCAUCGAACUAGCGCUAAUCCACACAUUUCAGAAUCCAGUUUUUAUUACAACGCAUAUAAAAUGCACAUAUGCUACAAAUUAAAAACGGUAUUGUAUGAAAUUAUUCAACGAUGUUACGAUUUGGAUUGUAGAAUUCUUUCGGGAGAACUUUUAAUUAUGAUAGGAUGUAUAUUUUUAAAAAUAAAAAAUAUUGAAAAAUAUUUAAAGUUAUUUAAAAAAAACACCGAAAAGUUUUUAGCCAAAACUAAUGAUUUAAAUUAUAAUUCAAAAACGGUUUUAAAAUAUAUUAUGAAAAUACCAUUAAAAAAUAUUAAAACUAUUAAAAAAAAUAAGCAUUAUGCAUUUCUUCAAAUUGCCCAAAUAUAUUCAAGCUUAAACUUAUGCAAUGAAAGAUCAACUAAUGAAUAUGAUUCAGAUAUACAAUUUUUAAUAUUGCUAGAUCUAUGUAAUAUUAAAAUGUCUUCUAUAAAGAACAAUUAUUUAAUACGUGACAACGUGAAUAUUGAACGAGACGAUAAUAAAAAUGAUUAUAAUAUUAAGCAAAUGUAUAUGAAUGAUAAAGAAGAAAACAAAUUAGAAAUUGAUAUGCCAGAAAAUUUUAAUGUAGAUAUAAAAGAACAUAACAAAAUGAAAUUAAAAAAAAAACUUCAUACAUUUAAUGAAUUAUUUUUAAACAGCAAUAAGAUAUUUUUGGAAAUAUUAAUAAGGCAUUGCUUGUUUCUCAUAUUUAAUAACAAUACCAAUGAAAUGGUUGUAGACAAAUCUAUUAAAUUUAUUUUGCUUAUUACAAAAAUAUUAGGGUGCUUGUUACAAUUAUACAAAAAUAAACAUGCAGAAGAAGUGAAAAAUGAGCAAAUAUGCUAUGAUUAUAUAAAAAGAGAUAUUCAAAUUUAUGUUCAUUUUGUUAUUAAUAUAAUAAUGCCUAAGGCAUUAAAUGCAUUAAAAAAAAAUAGUGACAAUUUUACAAAAAUUUCAUUACAAAUUAUACUUAUGGUAUCAAAAAAUGUUUGCCCAUAUAUCAAUGUGCUUAAAUCGUUAAAUAUUGCAAAAUUUUUAAAAGACAUUAAAGAUUCAUGUAUAAAGAAAUAUGAAUUGAAUGAAAAAACUAAUUCCUUAUUUUGCUUUGACACGCUCAGAAAAGAAAAGGAAAAAAAUAUAUAUGAAGAUAAUAAUACAACAUAUAAUUACGAAAAAGUGAAAAAGCACGAUGAAGUAAGUUUCAAAUCUGUGGAAAAAUUUUUAUUUUAUGAUUUGUAUUAUUACAUAGGCUCCAAACAACAUGAAGAUGAUGAUAGUAAUAACAAUAAGAUAACAAAGCUAAAGGAUAAUGCGCAUGAUGAAAGUGCUUCAAUAAUUCAAAAUAUAAUAGAUAUAAAAUCGGAAAAUAAUUUAGAAGGAAUAAAAAAAAUGAUUACUGUUGCACAUAAUUUCUGUUAUUAUACUAUUUGUAAAAUAAUAAUACCUAUAUCAUUAAAUUAUAUUAUACAAAGAAAUUCAAAGAAAGAAACUUUUAAUAAAAAUCUUAGCUUAAACAGUAUAAAGCUAUUAGGGGUUUGUUCUGAAAAAAUUGGUAUAAAAAAUGUUUAUGAAAUACUAGAAUUACUAUUAUUAGAGUUAAAGAACAAAUCAUUUAAUAAUCUUUAUAUCGAAAAGGCAGUCAGUCAUUUGUUGCGUGCAUAUCAUUUUAAUGAAUUUCAGGAAAAUCCUCUUGUCAACCAAAUCAAUCAUAAUGAAAACAAACAGGAAGAGGAAAAUGAAGCAGAAAAUGAAGAGGCUAAACAGAACAGUGACAAAGAGCAAAUAAAUGAUAAACUGUCCGAUGAAGAUAAAAAGGAAUGCGAAAAUGAAAAUAUAGAUAAUAACAACUCAUAUGACCCACAAAUAAUAAAUCAGAGAGGUGGGAAAUACGGGCAAGGAAAAGCAAAUUUAUAUUGUCAAAAAUUUAAUAACAAAAUUCUUCCACAGUUAAGAAAUUUAAUGUUCGAAAAACCUUUAUCAAAUAAUCCAAAGAAUAAAAAAACAUAUAUAAACGAUUUAGUAACUGAUUAUAAAAGCAAGGAUGUAAUAGCAAAGCCAGAUAUUAUUUUAUCCUUUUUAGUAAUAUUAAAUAAAAUAAAUUAUAAUUUUGAUAAAGAAUUAAAUAGAAUAAUAUACAAGCUCUGCUUUUGCUUAUCCUCAGUAAAAAAUAAUAUAAGAAGUGAAUCAAAAAAAGCUUUAUGUAAUAUUUCUAUGUACCUAGGAUUGAACUAUAUAGAUUUAAUUAUAACUCAAAUGUCUGAUUAUUUAACCAAAGGAUAUCAUAUACCUGUUUUUUUAUGUACAGUUAAUUCUAUCUUCGAAUCAGUUUUAUAUGAAAAAGAUAAAUUUCUAGACAAAAAUUGUUUAAAUAUAAAUUUCAAUAUAUUAACCGAACCAGAUAUUAGCAAAAGAAAUAAUAUUCACAAUAAUAAACGACGAAAAAUACUACGAAAUAAAAAUUACGGAAUUGAAAAGAAGGAUGCAAAAAAUGGUUAUACAAAAAACGAAAAAUUUAUAGAAGACAAUUUCCUAUAUAGUAACAUAUGCAAAAAUAUAUUUAAUAUGAUAAAAUUAGAAAUUAUAAAUGAUAUUGAGAAAAACACAGAAGAUGUUAAUAAAAAAAAAAUAAAGCGAAAAACGAAGGAAAGCGAAAAAAAUUAUGGAAAUAAUAUAAUUAAAUUGUUAACAAUUAUUAUGCCAGGGGAAUGUAUAGAAAAUAAUAUUUUGACAUUUUUAGAAAGUUUAUUUAGUGGUGAAUCUUUUGAAAAUAAUGAAGUAGAUAAAAAUUUUAUUUUUAAAAAAAAGUAUAUAAAUAUUAUUUCUUCCUAUUUUAGUGAUUUUAUAAAGGGUGUAGAAGAAAACAAAAAUAUAUCACCAAAGUUUAUAUUAAAUAUUAUAUAUAAAUUAUUAGUAAAAGCAACAUAUUUUUUUAAAGGUGAUAUUUAUGAAAAUUUAAUUGACGUUAUGAAAAAUACAAAUGUUCUAUAUUUUAAAUAUAAUUUAGCUAAUGAAAUAACUGGUUACAAUCAUUUUAAAAAAACUUUACAAUUUUAUUUAUCUAAACAAAAACCUCAAGAUAAAUUUUUAGGUUAUAAUUAUAAUAUGAAAUAUAUACAAUACCCUGAGAAAAAAAACAAUUUAGAUAUAAUAGAAGGAUCUUUUCAAGAAAAAAAUAUAUAUGAUUCAUUUUCCAAAACAAAAAAAUAUGAUUUCAAAGUUCACGCACAAGCAUUGGCCAAAGUCGCUUUAAAGUUACUGCUCUUUAUAAUUAAAAGGCUUUCUCGUUUCGUUACUGCACAACGAUUAAAAUUAAAUAUUCCCAUGCAAGAAGAAUCAAACUCCUUAAUUCAUUCCAAUAUUAAUAAUGUAAGCAACGGUGAUCAUAUAGAAAAUAUAGGAGAUAUACAAAAUUGUGAACCCGAAGAAACAAAACUAGGGCCUAGUUCUAUAGGAGAAGAAAAAGAAGAUACAGUUAUAAGCAUAGAAAAAAUAAAUUCGAAAAUGACAUUAGGAAAUAAUUAUGGAAUUAUUGAAUUCAUUCGUCUAAUUGAGCCGUUACUUGUUUAUUGCUAUUGCUAUGGGAAAGAUGAUGUAUUUGUAAUGUCAUCAAAUUGUAUUAAACUUAUUAAAAAAAAAAAAUAUAGCAAUUUUAAUAAAUAUGGGAAAUUGAUAAUUUUGUCAUCUGUAGAUAUAUUAAAAAAUAUACCUAAUUAUUAUAGCAGAGAAUUUGAUAGACUUAUAUUAUCAUGUAUUGAUACCCUUACAUAUAUAAUAAAAAAUAAUAGUAAUGACGAUAUAAUUUCAUGGCUAAAUUAUGAUACCUCAAAUAGGGAAAUAUCGAAUAAUACUAAUGAAAAAGAUAGUUCAAUGAAUAAUAAUAAUGUACCUUCAAAAAAAAGAAAAAUGAAACACGGAAAAAAUAGUAUGGAAAAUAACAGGGAUGACGAUAAAAUUAAGAGACAAAAAAAAAUUAGUUAUAUAUUAGAUGAAAAUAUUAUAUCUACAUAUUAUAAAAAUGACUAUGAAGAAAAUUAUGAAGAAUCUAUAAACUCGUUAAGAUAUUGUUUGAUCGAUCAAAUAUCCUUAUUAUUAGAAAGCAAAAAUCAUGUCUGGGAAUUAUUAUUACUAUUCAAAAAUUGUCUACUUAGAGAGGAUGUAAAUAACAUUAUUAAAAAGGGUAUUAUAGUAUUAAAAAUAAAUAGUUGUAUAGAUCAAAUAUUUACAAUAAUGAUUGAAGAGUCACAUAAUUUGAAAUUAUCAUUUUUAUGUGGCCAAAUAUAUAUUAACUUUUUAAUGAGUUUUCCAAUAUCAAAAAACGAAAAGAAAAAAAAAGUUUUACAAAUAUUAAAUAAUUUAGAUGAUGAAAAUGACGAUUCUAGAAUAGCAAUUUUAAAUAGUUUGUAUCUAUUUUUAAAUAGAAGUAAUGCAAAAUUAUUAAAGGAUGGUUUUUAUUACAUUAUAUUUACUAGUCUAUUAGUUAACUUUUCAAAAGAAACGAACCCUAAAUGUAAAAAAAUGUAUGUAUUUUUGAUGUCGCUACUAUUCCAGCAAAUUGAUGAUAUGAAUUAUGUUUUUAAUUCUUAUAAAAUAUUAAAAAACAAUUUAUCAUUCUCUAUUAAAUCUCCAGUUAUAUAUACAUAUUUAUAUUUAUUACCAGUAUUUGCAUCUUUCUUUUACAAAAAUAUAUCUGAGUAUAACCGAAAAACAUUGAUAGAGUUAGAGGAAAAUGAAGCAUCGCCUCUCACAAAAGAGCAAAAGAAAAAUCGACAAAAACAAAUUAAGCAAGACAUGAAACAGGUUGAAGAACAGGAUCAUAAUCAUAUGCAAGAACAAGAUCAAAAUGAUAAUAACGAACAAAAUAUAUGCCAAACGAAUGGAACAACUUCAAAAAAUAAUUUACAAAAUUCACUAGCUGAGGUUCGUAAUUAUUUCUUAGAGGAACUGCUAAAAUAUGCCAAUAAUGACCUAAAUAGGAAUAAAAUGAGCACAAAUGAAAUAACAGAAAAAGAAAAUAAUAACAAAAGAAAAUUGAAUAAUGCAAAUUCUGGAUUGUUUUCGGAGCAAAAUUGUAAUAUUGUUUUCAUGAAAAACCAAUUAGAAGAUUUAUUCCUAUCAUUAAUGUUUUAUUUAAUUGAUCAUACAUACCCAAGUAUAAAAUUGUAUAUGAAAGAAGACAAAAAUUGCAUUAAUAUAUUAACAUCUAAUGAGAAUAUAACUUAUUUUUCUAAAAAACAUUAUCUAUAUAAAGAAAAUAUUAAUAAAGAUACAGUUCAUCUUGUUUAUAGCACAUUAGAACAAAUAUUCACAUAUAUUGAUACUAAUUUAAUAGACAAAAUGCUAAAUAAAAAGUAUUUACAUGAAAAAUAUCAAGGGUAUUUUAUACAUAAUGAGAAAAAUAAUUUUACAAAUAUGAAUGAAAUUGACAAUAAUGAAGAAGAUAAUUGCCAUUCUGAUAAAGAUCAAACGCAUGAUAAAUUAAUUAUAUACUUUUUAUACUUUUGGAACUUAUUAUUUGAAAAUGCAUUAUAUAAUAAAAAUCCAUUUAUACAAAUUAUAUCAUUAAAAAUUGUGAUGAAUUAUAUAAGCAAAAAAAUGUCUUAUCCAUAUUUCCCGUUGUUAUUAGUUAAAUUAUAUUCUACUGAUAAAUUUAUUAUCAAUAUUAUUAUUAAAAGAGUUUUAUCCCUAGUUUUAAACUCCUAUUUUUUAGAGCAUUUUUAUACAUACCAUAAAGAAAUAAGCGCGCUUCUUUUAAACAUAUGCAAAUUAAUAGUUUUAUUCCCAUGGAUUACCAAUGGAUUUGAAGAACAAAACGACCAAAAUGAUGCACUAAUCCAGACUACAAAUACUAUUGAUACUGUAAGCCGAGACAACUUAUUUAAGACUUCUAAUAAAAAUCAUGAAAAUGAUUUGGAACAAAAUCAUAUUCACAAAAAUAAUGUUAAUCAGUAUGAUCAUCCAAACAAAAAUGGCAAUAGCAGUGACAAUGAUGACAAUAAAAGCAAUGAAGAUGAAGUUGAUGAUGAAGAAUUUAAAGAAAUAAAUGGAAUUUUACAGAAUGAAAAUUAUAUAAAAGCUCAUUCUUUUAGUCAAUAUAAUUACCAAAACGAAGAUGAAAGAAAUGAAAUCAAAGACGAAAUUAAAAUAAACAAAGAAAUAUUAUCAUAUAGCAAAUUCUUUUUAAUUAUUAUCACUUUAUCACGCGCUAUAAGUUUGCACUUGAUAAAUAAUAAAAAAUCCUUUACAAGAAUAUUAACCAUACUAAAUGUUUAUAAAAAUAUUAUUCAAGAUUUUCCCAUCGAUUUAUGGAACCCUGAUAAUGGAAUAAUUCACAAUAUUAUGAUACCCUUAUACAAACUGGCUUCUCUUCGUAAAAAAAAGCACUUCACAGAAGAUAGUACUAUCUUCGAGGAAACGAGUUCAGAAAAAAAACUCAUUUAUUUAUCGAGUUUUUCUUGGGAUAUUAUUUCAUUAUUGGAGGAAAAACUACAAGACAAAAAACAUAUUUUCAACAAAGCCUUUAUCCAAGCCAGACAUAGUGUCAAUAGAAUUAGAUUUAUGAAGAAGAGAAGGAAGAACAUGCUAGCUGUCAAAAAUCCAAAGUUAUAUACGUCAAUUUUAUUAAGUAGAAGAGAGAAAAAAAAAAAAAAAAAGAAAAGCCAAUUAAAAUUUUAA